CAGAGUAGUAUAGUACUGUCACCAUGUUAAACAUUUGGGCAGUACUUGUCAUCAGUGCAGUUCCACUGCUGGCUUUACAGAUCGAUUACGAGCGCGCUGAACAACUGUCCGGAUUUGAUAUGAUAAACACUACGCUUCGGGUUCGCAAGUACAACCGUACGACGAAGGUACUCAACGGAACGACCGCAUCGACGACGAUUCUCAACAACAGUUUUCUGAUAUCCACCGACAUUUUUCACAGCCCACUGGGAAACCAGCAGUUCAAUCACUACCCGAUGAAACUGCCCUCCAAGCCGCUGUGUGAUUUUCUCGACAUGAUUUACGCGGAGUAUAGCGAUUGUUUGGAGAAUAUUUACAACCUGCCGGAACGCGGCACCUGCCCAAUACUGCCGCUGGAGGUGCAUACCAUCGAUAAGGUUUUUCCCGCCAAAUCGAUCCCACCGUUCGUGCCCAAAGGGCUUUGGAAGGCUUUCAUCAUUUUCACGCUGAAUGAUGAAGAGGUGGUACGCCUUAUGUGGAUGAUAAAGGUUAGCAAUGAUUUUGCUUGAUAUUGUCAGAGAUAGGAAGUUGAAAUGUAGCGAAUGUAACAAAAGCACAAGUAGUUGUUAAAUGCCUUAAAUGUUACACAUAACAUUAAAUCACAUAAUUUAAAUUAGCUUCCCGUCCAUAUAUCGUAAAACGGCAUCAAUUCAAAUGCUAUUAAAAGGUUAGCUAUUAAAAUGCUUUA